AUGCCAAGAAAGAAGACUACAGGCUCUUCUGAAGUGGACGACCAAGAUAUUGCCGAGCUUGUUUGCGAAUGGGGGGACUGUGAGCAAACCUUCUCGUUACAUUCGUGUUUUUCUGAGUUCAGGGCGCAUGUAGAGGGACACAUACGAACACUACUGCCUUCAUACUCCAGUCAACAUAGCACUGACCCGAUCCCGAGAGAUUUUGAGUGCCCAUGGAGGGAAUGCGGCUGGCUUAACCCCAAAGACACUGACGAACUCAUACGACACUUUCUUUUUCACGUCGUCCACACCAGGCUAAAAACGACAGGACGGGUUCGCUUAGAGAGCGGAAAAUUUAAUAAAUGUGUAUUGGAGGCUGUUAGUCGUAAUCUCGUACCGGACGUCCCUGAAAAGUUCCUAUGCGAAUGGAUGGACUGUAAUUUACAGUUUAACUGCCCGAGUCGAUUCUAUGAACACGUCGAAAGUCAUGUCAUGUCGGUUGAUAAAGAGAGGAUUGUUAAUGGAGGAAGGAAAACAACACACGUUACGUGCCAAUGGACAGGCUGCAUGACACGUGUUAGGAACCACUGCAAGCUGAGAGAACACGCUCAUGUCCACACCAGAGAAAAAGUCUAUGCCUGUCAUGUCUGUGGAGGGAUGUUCGCCAGCAUGUCCAAGUUUGCGGAUCAUCUUUCCAGGCAGAACACCUCAGAGUUUGAGACUUUUCAAUGUUCUCACUGUCUCAAGUACUGUGGAUCCCAGCGCAUCCUUAGAGACCACAUGAGACACCAUGUGAACAAUAUUAAAUGUGAGUUUUGUGACAUGACUUGCCCAAACCCCUCAGCACUUAAACAGCAUAUCAAGUUUCGGCACUCGACACUCCGCCCAUAUGUCUGCGAUGUUUGUGACUACAGUUGUAAGACAUGCUCGGAUCUUCGGCGCCACCGUGAGUCCCACAAUGCAGUGUUCAGUUACACCUGUGCCGUGCAGGGCUGUGCCUUCUCCGCCAGGGCCAUGCAGACUUUGAAAAGGCAUUUCAAAAUUACACAUGAGGGUGGUGAAUUAGCAAAGUAUGAGUGUCACUUGUGUGGGGCGCGGUACACCAGGGGUACAGGGCUGACCAGUCACCUGAAAGCCAAGCACAAGUUCCGAUGGCCUGCUGGGCACCCUAGAUUCAGGUAUAAAGAACAUGAGGAUGGCAUAUGGCGAUUGCAGACGGUUAGGUUUGAAAGUGUCCAGCUGUCACAACAACUUAGUGAGAAGCAGAGAAUGGAGGAGGAGGACGAUGAAGACAACCUGUUAGAGGCAGUGGAUGGGUAUGAGCCAGCAAGUGAGCCAAGCAGCCCAGGCUCAGAGUUAGCAGACCAGAAUGAGGUCAACACAGCCUCUGAAGAAGAGGGGGAAGACGAUGGGGAAGAGGAGAGUGAAGAGGGACAGGAAACAGGGGAGGGUAGUGAGGGGGAGCAUGGUACCAUGGACAGGGCAGGGUACCAGUAUCUACUUAUGCAAUACGAAAACCACGAACAAGAACUGAUAAAUAGUGAAACACACUUUCCAUCAUCAAGCAAGGAGCUAGCACCCAUCAGGAAAGAGCGGCAAUCAAGGCGAGGUCACCCUUAUGACCGGCCAGCCUCACCUGCAGAUCAUCUAGAUGUGUCAAGGACUUUGUUGGCCUUACAAGAGGCUGCUUUACGACUAGCCAAUAUGCAUGGGACUCAGUAGGGUGCUUAAUAUUUAUGACAGCAGAGAUUCUUCUAUGGUGCACACACAGAAUGUCCGCACUCACUACCACAUUUCUUUUUAGCACAUGGAGUGGGCCAUAGUAAACUCUCCACCAUUGUUAAUCUUAAGUUCACAAAUGAGAGGUGUGUGAAAGUGAAAGCUAGGAAUGGCCAUGAUCUCAGUUUUUGACCAGAAGGAGGAAUGAUAUACUUGAUAAUAUUAAUUAAAAAAGAUUGCCUUAUUAAUCACCCUUAUCUGCCUCCUUGGUGAUUUUAUAUGACCUAGGCUGUUGUGUUGUUCACUUAUAAUUUAUUCCUUCCUAGUGAUGAUUUUAAUCAAGAACACUUUAUAUUAUUUAUAUAGUUACCCCCAGAUUUUUUAAUUGUCUUCAUAAGGAUUUAAAAAUGUCUUAAAUGAUAAUAAUGCAAAAUGAACUGUACUUUUUCUAUUAAAUAAAAUAUUUAAACAUA